UUUAAAGAGCGUAGUAACAAAGCGAAACAGAAGAGAUAUUAUUAUUUUCAUUUUCACAGAAGAAAAAAAGAAUAAGAAAAGAUGAGUGGAGGUUUUGCACAAGACUGGGAACCGGUUGUCAUCCGCAAAAAAGCCCCCACCUCCGCCGCCCGUAAGGAUGAGAAAGCCGUUAACGCCGCCCGCCGCUCCGGCGCCGAAAUCGAAACCAUCCGAAAAUCUACUGCUGGUACAAACAGGGCUGCCUCCAGUAGUACAACCUUGAACACCAGGAAACUUGAUGAAGAUACUGAGAAUUUGACUCAUCAAAAGGUACCAACUGAACUGAAGAAAGCCAUCAUGCAAGCUCGACAAGAGAAGAAGCUGACUCAGUCUCAACUUGCCCAGUUGAUAAAUGAGAAGCCUCAAAUCAUCCAGGAGUACGAGUCUGGAAAGGCAAUUCCAAAUCAACAGAUCAUCUCUAAACUGGAGAGAGCUCUUGGUGCGAAACUUAGAGGAAAGAAAUGAAGAGCCUUUUGGCUUCUCAAAUCUCUGUUCCAGUCCUAACUGUGGUCAUGUACAUGGAUAUCUUUUUCUGUUAAGCCUCUUUCUAUAACCCCUGUGAUGCUUAUGCGCCUGUGUAUGGAUUGAUGGUUGUGGAUUUCUUGGCUAAAUGGGUGUGUUACUUCUGUGGAAAAUAAGGCGUUUAUGCUCUUAAGCAAGGGAUGUUUGUCUUGUGCUUCCUGUUUGCUUUAGAGAAAGUUCCCAGUUCUGUGUGGUGUGAUUUUCCCAUCAUUCUUUCAGAUCAGAGCUUGGGAGACAUAAUUAGCAUAUGGGAAUAUGCAAAGUAUAUCCCUUUGCAGUGUGGAAUAUAAUUUGAUGCUGCAAUAUUAUACUAAUGGAAAUGUUUCUUCUAUAAAUAAAUAAAAAAUGGCAUAUGGGAAUGGUUUUGCAUGAGCGCUGUUCCUGCAUAUUAUGCAUUA